CAUCACAGAAAAGCAAUAUUGGGAUCCAACUGCCUAUUAAUGUAGAAAACAAGACCAGAAGACAGCCAGCUCAAGACUCGUGUGGAGUUCCACUUGUUGACCCACUUCUCACUGAAGGGUUUGAGAGGAAUACAAACCUCUUGCCUGCAGAGGUCGGUGAGCCCAGGGUGGUUGGUGGCCAUGCAGCCCCUGUGAUGUCGUGGCCCUGGCUGGUCAGUCUGCAGCACCAAGGACGUCACUACUGUGGAGGGGCUCUGAUUGGGAGGCAGUGGGUCCUGACAGCGGCACAUUGUAACUUCAGUACUGUCACAGACUACCUGGUAAUAGGAAGAAGUUACCUGGGGAAUAUAAGAAAUAGUGAUUUGAUCCCAGUGAAAGCUGUGUACAUUCACCCCAGUUUCACACAGUUUCCUCCCAAUGAUGAUCUAUCUUUGCUGCAUCUGGAAAAACCUGUUGAACUAGGAGAGUUUGUAUCUACAAUCUGUUUGCCAGGGAAAGAUGAUAAAAUAAAUUUACUUUCCAAAUGUUUGACUGCUGGAUGGGGAAUAACUGAACCUCAUCAAGAUGAAUUUCCUAAAACUGUGCAGCAGGCAAAGGUACCACUGAUCAGUAGUAUAUCUUGUCGAAGCUACUGGGGACUGGAAAUUAAAGACACUAAUAUAUGUGGAGGGGCUUCCGGAUCAUCCUCCUGUAUGGGAGAUUCCGGAGGACCACUGCAGUGUGGCAAGGGUGGGCAGUACAUGCUCAUCGGUAUUGUGAGCUGGGGCAGCAGUAACUGCCAUCCUGCCGCACCAACAGUCUUCACCAGAAUUUCUGCCUACACAGACUGGAUCACAUCCAUCACUGGAGAAGCAGGAUCACUGGAAGAGCAGCCUGGUGGGACUGUGAUCACAAGUGGGAAAGGAAAUAGAUAACCACAUAUCUGGAAAAUAUGUCUCUUGUCAUUGCUAAAAAACUCAAUGUCACUUCUCCCAACUUUUGUCAUUGAGGAGCUUGGAUUUGGUAGGUAAAUACAUUCAAUAUUAAACAU